GUAAUCUAAUUCAAUAGUUGACUCGUUGACAAGUCCGUGUCAUUGUAGUAAACGGGUUGUAUUGUUCACUCGAAGAAAAAGAAAAAUCCCAUAACAGCACAACUUAUGUGUAGUGUGGAUACCCGCGUGCAAAAUGGCUACCGGUGUUUUAAAAACUGAUUGAAAACUUCCCACAGGGUUUAGAACAGCACUGGAGAUACACGGCAGGUUUCAGCGCAUGCCCAGCACAUUGGUGUGUGGAGUAAUUGUGAUUCGGGUUUAUAUCACAACUUGAACAUCUGGGACAAGUGCCACUUGAAAAGUGGUCGGGUCAUGACAUGUACUCUUUGAUCGUACUUUAGAAUGUGAGCGAGAAACUUUGCCCGCCAUGAUGACUGUUGUUUACCGUCGCACCGCGACACUAUGUGCGGCACUCUGCGAAAUGUUGGCAGUCGACAUGGAUGACUAAACACGAGUAUGCUUCCGUGGCCAAAAUGGUUGACUAAGAAGGGAUAUGGGACCUUGUGCAGACCACCAGCUUUCAAAAUGACAUCGUAGACACCAGAUAAGCAACUCAAACUAAGAUAAAAUAUGGCCGCCAUUCGGAUUCAAACUGGUCAAGAAAGCCCUCCCCCAACGCCCGAACCAAUGGACAUCGUCUACAAUGCGAACAUGGUCAUGAGUUCGGUGGGGGAUGGUCAGUGGAGACCCAUGAGUUCCAUCAGCCGAAAUGGUCUGACGACGGAUUCCAGCGAGCCAGAGAACCCCGAUGUGAACGAGGAGGAAGGCAAAGCGGUGUUCUCUUUAAGGAACAAGUCUAGGGUUUCUAUUCUUGAGGCAGAUCCCGUGUCAAGACAAGAGAGUCCGCUUCGAGUGCACGGCCUUGCAUCCAGUGUGCCGCGCGACCCGCCACCAACGCGGGCGACAAGUACCGUGUCGCACAAGACCACCAACGGGGUGAAACGCCGACUGCGCCUGCGGACCGCACCGGGGAAACUGCAAUGUACGACGGAGCUAGACAGGGCGUUUGCCACCAUGCAUGACCGUACCCGGGUGACGUUCGAAGGCAUUAGGGGAAACACGAGAACCACCCUGAAUGACGACAGGGUCUGCCGACCUUACAGCGUCUACACAGUGACUAAACAAUGUGAAAGGCUCGCUAUUAGCCCCUUCGGUGGACCUCUAAACAGCGCAGCCGGUCGGUAUCGCGAGAGGUACCUGAACAAGCAUCGGCCGGAUGUCAUACAGGGUACAUCUCGCGGAUCGAUCAAGAUCAAAUUCCAGAGGUUCUACGAUAAUCUGGAUUUGCUUGCGAUCAACGUCAAGCGCACGCCAUACGGGACACUGCGCAAACCGCCGCCAAAACAGGCCCGGAAGGUAGAGGAGCAGACAAAAUCAGUGCCGACUCAACUGCACAAGUACACCAAUGAGAGAGUGGCUAACCUCCACGAAUCCAUGGGUAGACACCAGGAAGGUCAUCCGAGUAAUCAAUCUGAAGGGAAGAAGCUCGGCGUGAUGAGUGUGGAGUACAAAGUUGCCAUGGAGGUAUCCAGCAACCUGGAGAAACAUCGGAGAAGUCGACCUGCCACCCUCCCGGGCAUACCAAACUAUAUCCCUGGGAGAACUGAUGCACCGAGACUUCAGAACCAAACUGAGAGACGUCUUACUCCUGGUGAGAUGUCACUCAAGGACGGUAUCUCGACCAAUCUCUACGACCAGGAGCGGAGCAAACGUGGACCGAUCAAAGCCAUCGAGAAACCGCCCCGGCGAGUCAAGUCUCCUCCGCUCUCCAAACUCUCUCGGGAGAGGUUUCUUCCGGAGGCACAGCAGAGGCGCAAGGAGGGGGAAUCUUGGACUCAGCUGAGAAUCGGCCGCCCUGUCACCCCUCCAGCGUCGGAAUACACAGUCUUCCAGUCCGCGUCAUUCGCGACCACCGUCAGACCAUUGACAGCAAUGACAUCACACAAUGGUGAAUCGGAAAAUACUCACAAGACAAAAUCCGCCAAACGAGAUAAGACUAACGUUCAAUCUAACCAAGAAAAUGAGACAGAAAAGGCUGAUGAGUGUAUCGUGCAAAAACCUGCACCCGAAAAUGACUCUGCCACAAAUGACAAUGAAUCAGACGAUACAAAAACUAAUGACAAAAUCAGUGAAAACAACCAAAGCAAACCAAGUGAAGAUCUCCCUGAAACGUCUGACUGCUCGAUAAAUGAAAACGCCGCUGACUCUGAAAUUACCGGGCAAAAUGACGAAACACAAGAAAACAGCACGCCAUUGUCCAGCACAUCACUGAUUGUGACAGUCCCUGGCGAUGAGGGCGCUCCAGAGGCUGACACCAUGGCGAUCGGUGAGGGCGUUGUCGAAGUGAUGUCAGAAGACGAGCAUGCCGACGAGGGCGCUUCUGAGGCUGAAACCAUGGCCAACGAGGAGGGCGGUAUUGAAGUGAAGUCGGCAGUAGACGGUGGUACUUGUGUGGACGAGCAUGGUGCAAUUGAGGAUGAAGAAAAUACAGCAUCCGCAGACCCAUGUGGAAGCGAAGAAACAAGCCAACAGGAACAUGACAAAACUGUCAAUUCUUAGACCUUUAUUGUAUUCGUCUAUAAAAGCUAAAUUGCAUUUGAACGAAUUAAUACGAAACAUUUGAAAAUCUAUUCAACAAUGGCGAACUGCAUGAAUAUCAAAUUAACAUAUUAACGGUUUUGAUUUAUAUAUUUUUGUAACAAAAUGUUUUGGACUUUUUGGUAAAGGAAAAGAAUAACUUGCCACGCGCGUUUCCCCAUUGCUUUUGCAUGAGAAAUUGAACGAAAAACAAAAUCACCGACGUUUAGUUAUUGAAUAAUAUUAGUUAUUCACAGAAUCUGAAUAAUUGGCUGCCAGACAAUAAUUCGGCUCUCGCACGGGUUCUACAGAAUGAAAGCCCUUUCUUAAAGGGUUGCAGACGCCCAAAAUCAGAAUAAAAUAGAGUUUUCGUCCAAACAAAACAUACAAAUAAAAUAUGCGUUAGAACAAAUUCCAUUGUUUGGAGAGCACCGGGUACACAUCUUUAAUUCACAGUAUACAUUUGACUAACAUUAUGUUUGGCACCAUGGAUGAGUUAACCUUUGUAUAGAGCGGAUGGAUAGACUUUGAAAUGGCACUAACGGUAAUAUGCAUACAUGUAAUUGCAGUGUUAACACUUUGUCGAACGGUGGAGGGUUUGCACGACAAUAAUCUGCACCUUAGUUGGUGAACUUAACUUACAAUUUUAUUUUUGAAAUUUGAGUUACAUGAAUUUUAGCAUAUGAUACGUGCGUUUCAGAAAAUAACUUCUAAUUAAAAAAAAUAAUAAUUGCCUUGGUUGACAACAGAGAUUGUGUGCUGAGCUGUGUUCAGUGUGAGGCCCUUAGCUAAAGCAAUGUUAGUGUUCUUCUUUACCCAUUUAUACGAAUCGUAUGAAAGAACUUAUGCAAUUCCAACCUUAACACUGUGCAUUUCAAUUAAAAGAAGCUCCUGAAAAAAUAAUGUUUAUUUUCAAAAGUGAUUGUGUAUUUGUCACUUUAUAUUGAAUGUUUAUCCCUUAGCACGUACCAAAAAUCUUCACAUUUUCUUCCCAAACGUAGGAGAUUCGCACAAAUUGCUGCAAAUAGUGUUGUUAAAAAUCUAUCGAACACUUCCUUUUGCAUGUGUGAGCUGAGCCAACACAGCCGUGAAUAAUAUUUACUUCACUUUGAAAUAAAAA